GGUUGUUUGCUUGCAGGACAUAGACAACACAUUUUGAUAAGAGACUGUUCGUGACUAGGAGCCAGGACACUAAUGUUUAACUAAUGUCAGCUCUCGUCUCAGUGUUGUCAUUGGUGUUGGUGCCUCACACUAUCGCUAAUACAGAAGACAUUGAUUUACCAGAUUCCGAUAAAACUGCCUCGACUCGGCGAGCCAGCUCAUUCCGAACGGAAUAUCACAGAGUAAUGAUGUUCUCCAUCGUGGCGAGCUCAUCUUGCGUAACACGUGGAUGGAACUGUGAAACUAAGUGUUGCCUCUGAGUCGAUUUCAGUGAUAUCACUGGUCUAUAUUAUGGAAACUAAACUUAGGAAUUCAUUGGAUGUAAAAUGUGCUGUGUGAGGAUUACGCAUUACAUCUGAUAGUACUGUAGAGAAGUGAAGAUGGACUGGCAAUUCGGACAUUUAUUUGCCUUGAUCAUCAUCUUCACAGAGAAGUUAAAGGUUCUGGGUUUCAAGUGCGAGUACCGCUUCUCAAGUGAGACAGUGACAAGUGGCAUCUUCAACUCCCCCAACUUCCCCAAGGAGUACCCGGAUCGCACGUAUUGCAAGUAUUACAUAGACGGAAGCGCGGACGAGAGGAUUCGAAUCACCUUCUUAGAGUUUGAAUUAGAAAUCAGGAGUGAGGCAGGGUGUCUCUUCGACUACCUGGAGCUGUACGGCAUAGAUGAGGAAGACGUGCCCUACUUUGUGGACCGACUCUGUGGUACAACAGUCCCCCAACCCAUCAUAUCAAAAUACCCUAAACUAGAAAUCAUCUUCAAAUCAGAUUACAUCAAGGGUCAUAAAGGAUUUAGGGCAAAGUACGAGUUUUUAUCAGACAGGUGGCAGCCCUUCUCCCCGUCCAAUAAGCUGUGUGGUGCAGACUACAUGACUGGUAAUGGUGGUGUCAUCAUGUCGCCAGGAUUUCCCCGCUUCAUGUCUAAUGUCGAGUGUACCUGGAUGAUUAAGGUACACGAGGACAGUAAAAUACUGCUGGCUUUUCUCGACCUUCGGUUAGGUCCUUCGACUCAUUGCAGGGAUAGCUUUGUUUCCAUCUAUAAUGGGUUUGCCAGCUCCAACGACAGACCCAUAGAGAAAGUCUGUGGUCAGCUCAAUUUCUACAAUAAAGGCGUAAAGGAAUUCUUAUCCAAUAGUUUCCGUGUGGUGAUACGCUACACAGCAGGGUCUUCCAGUGAUGUUGAUACCGUGGGCUUCAAAGUGGUCUGGUCUGCGGUUACUAUACCUCAUGAUACGAAAGAUUGUAACCAGUUUCUAUGCAGAGGUGGACAGUUGUGUCUGGACAACGCGGGCCUGGUGUGCGAGGACCUGAAGAACUACUGCAUCGACAACUCUCUCAUAUGUAACAACGUGCCCAAUUGCGGCACAUUCGAUGCGAGUGAUGAGAAGCAAUGUCUGGGUCCUUUCAUCAACAGGACCAUCAUCAUCGCCAUGUCAGUCAUCGCCUUCCUCGUGGUCGCCAUAGUAAUAACUGUCACCAUCUACAUCACCUACCGUAGAGGGAUAUUGUGCAUCAAGCCCGCGCCGAAAGUGAAAAGCAUGAGCGUGAAACUACGACGCUUGGAGAACAGUCCAACAGAGAGACGGAGCAAAGCAUUGAACUCACACUCUCACGAAGAUAAAAUUAAAACGUUUGAAUCAGAGAAAAAUAACACGCAUUUAACUAUGAAUUCUAAUUCUAAGGAACAGAAUAAUUUAAAUACUGAUUUAGAUUUGGCGGAGUCACCGGGGCAGAUACGGCGGGGAGAUCGCGGCCUGGAGAAGAACUCGUACCAUCUCAUUGUCAGUUGCCAUUCGGACGAUGAGAAUGUUGAAAAGGUAUGACACGCAGUGGCGGCUGGAAAAACUUUUUUACUGGUUGUAUAAAGAUGUAUAUAAAAUUAUGAUACUGUAUGAUCUAAUAGUCUGAAAGACCAUGUUGUACAUAUAUCACAUUCUAAUAAUGGUGGCGCAGUUUUAGGCGGGAGAAUAUUAGGCGCCAUUCGUCUACGGGACACAUCCUGCCUAAGACUGUUACUCGCAACGUCACAACCAGAAGACAAUCACUAGAGGGUUUAUUUAGUUACUUUAUCUUAGAUUAUUGUCGGUAUAAAGGCAUCAUUAGGAUUACCAUAACAGUCAUCCAUGUCAUCAGUAUUUGAAUACUCCAGGGAAAGGGUGAAAAUCUGCAUCCAUUAAGACCGUAGAAUAAGAGAGCUUAUGGGAUUUAUCUAUACGCUGUGAUAUGUCUGCUUUAUCUUUAACAACCUGACUCCUGUGGCUGCGUGGCACAACCUGACCUCCUGACAAUAGCACAUCCUUAAAAGUCACUAAUAUCGUGACGUCUAGAGGUUGUCCUUGGAUGAUCGGUUGUGUAUGCGACUGUAAGCUUGGUUCUCUCUUCCACUACCAUGUUAUCGACGUCUUUCUAUUGAAACUUCCAUCGGAUCUCCAAAGAAUAAGAAUCUAUAGUUCGUACGUUUUUCAAUGAGACUAUUCUAGGAGUAUAACCCAAGUUUAUCCAAAUUAGUUAGAUGAUCACCAAUGAACACCAACAAUGUGUAAUCAGUGCUUGCUGGGGUAGAAUACCUGAAGGCAUAAAUAGUAUUUCAGCUAAAUGACUCUUGGCAUAGGUGCUAUGGUCAUCGAAAAGUUGGAUGUUCCAUGGUUGCACGAUGUGCAGAACAAUAACUUUUAUAAACAAGCACAAAGACGACAAUUGAUAGCAUAAUCGGAUAUUUCCAAAACUAGUCUUCCUUUCUCUAGAGGCUUUAUCAAGAAAAUCCUAUUCGAAACAAUAGUGAUUGAAUAUUCGAUCAGCAGAAGCUGUUUCAGAAUGUUCUUGCUGGACAACACUAGCGUGCGAGGGGCGGGGUUUGGCAGACCGAAAGAGCGGCACAUCCGCCGUCUUCCCAACUCGCUCGAGAAAUGACAUGCGCCGCCACAACUACACUGAAUCGGUCUUGGCUGAACUCCCCGCUCUCGUUUGGUCCUGCUCUCGCAGUGUCGGCAACACAGCGGAGCUGCCAAAGCCGAUUUAGCCAGGCUGUGAUUGUCCAUCUCUAUCACCUGUUGGUAGGUCGGGGGAGCAGUCAGGUCCAAUUUGGUCGUGUCGUGACUGUCACAUCUUUCUCUUAGUGUCCUCAACGCAGUUGAACUGCCAAGGUUGAUUUGGCGUCACUUGUGUGGGCAAAUUCACACACCUCACGUGGCCACUGUUGUUUAUUGUUGUGUUGCUGAUUACUUUUACCUCCAAAAAAACUUUGAUUUUACUUCUUGUGUUUUGGUUGUAUUGAUUGAUACGCUGUCAUGUGCCUCUUCCAAAAUCAUACACUGGGCAAAAUCUGUAGGAACAUUAUUUGUCAUGGAAUCGAACUUCUGAUAGAAGCUGAUAUUUCCUGUUAGUGUUAGAUGGACCAUUUUUGAGAACAGGUGAGAAUUGCAUCUGACGUUGAUAAGGUGUGGACAAUGACUUGACUGAGAGUUUAGAUCUGCUUUGGUCAUUAAGUUUGUUACAAACAGAACAAGCUUUGGUAUAGACACGAUCAUGUAACUGUCUGUGAAUACCAUACAUGAGUGCAUUUAUAGAACUUUUAUAAAUAAAUUAG